AUGGAACCACAACAUCUCGGUCUAGCAAUGAUACAUCAACACGAUCAGAUUGGCCCCAUUCGCCAAAUUCGUCCAUGUCUCCGCCUCGAUUCGAUCGAUGAUCGUCCACUUCCGCUACAUCUCGGGAUGUACGAAGCGGGACAACGACCUCGAGUCUCGGGGAAUCGGUCAAUAAGUGGGCACUUGGGGAGCAAGCGUCAAGCCAAAGGACAUCCUCUAAAAGACAUCUAUUCACGAAACUACCGCAAAUCAGACAGUUUUCCUAUUCAA